AUCGGCUUAGCAUAGGUGGAGAGCUGACAACAGAUAAUACUUUCAAAUAAAUAAUUGCAAUAAUUAAUCCGCUUCGUUAAAAAUUCUCUCUUCUGUUCUGCUUUUGCUAUGCUACGCUUCAGGGUUGUGCCAAUUACUUACCAGUGCCUUCCUCGUUCCCUAGCCUUCCUCAUCGAGUAAAACUGAUGGCAGAUUGUUUCAUGCAAAAGAUCCUAUUUUUUAGUGACCCAAAUCGUCAGUUAUUUAUGCCAACACAUUAAAUUUAUGUGUUAGAUCUUCUGGGCCUUACUAUUCAGCGGAUCUCAGAUUCGGUUUUGGGAUUCUUCUCCAAAUUUGUUUUCUUUCUGAAUUGUUUCUGGAAGCUGAUAAAGUCUGGUUUUAAGUUUUCAACGAGAGAACUCAAGGAAAGCGCGUAUUUUCUGUGUUCAGGAAAUUAUCAGCUUGAAAAAGUGGAAGCAACAGCUGUUUUAGCUUGAUUGGAAGUCAUAAACUAGGAACAUCUCUCCCAGCCUAGCUCUGAAACUUUUUGGUUCUUUGAGCUUCUGGGUGGGAAUAUGGAGGGCAAGAGGAAGAAGGAAUGGCCAGAGUCAAACGAUUCAAAUCGAGCAACAACUUUUCCUGACGAGGUUCUGGAACGGCUUUUAAGUCUGCUAAAAUCACACAAAGAUCGAAGCUCUGUUUCCUUGGUUUGUAAAGACUGGUAUAACGCUGAACGAUGGUCUAGAAGUCAUGUGUUCAUUGGAAACUGUUAUUCUGUGUCUCCUGAGAUCUUGACCCGGCGGUUCCCAAACAUACGUUGUGUGACAUUAAAAGGGAAGCCUCGUUUCUCGGAUUUCAACUUGGUUCCUCCUAAUUGGGGAGCUGAUAUUCAUUCAUGGCUCAUGGUGUUUGCGAAGAAAUAUCCAUUGCUUCAGGAGUUGAGGCUCAAGAGGAUGGCUGUGACUGAUGAGAGCCUGGAGUUUCUGUCUCUCUCCUUUCCCAAUUUCAAAGCUCUUUCACUUCUGAGUUGUGAUGGAUUCAGCACUGAUGGAUUGGCUGCGAUUGCCACUAAUUGCAAGAACUUAGCAGAGCUUGACAUACAGGAGAAUGGCAUUGAAGAUAGAAAUGGUAAUUGGCUGAGUUGCUUCCCUGAGAGCUUCACAUCACUGGAAGUACUUAACUUUGCCAACCUGCACAGCGACGUAAAUUUCGAUGCACUUGAGAGACUUGUCAGUAGGUGCAAAUCAUUGAAGACGUUGAAAGUUAACAAAAGCAUAACAUUGGAGCAGUUACAGAAGUUACUAGUUCAUGCUCCUCAAUUAGUAGAGCUCGGUACUGGCACAUUUUCACAGGAGCUGACUGCGCAGCAGUACUCUGGGCUGGAAAAUGCAUUCAGCAAUUGUAAAAAUAUUCACACCCUUUCUGGUUUAUGGGCAGCUCCAACGCAAUAUCUCCCAGUUCUCUACCCUGCUUGCACAAAUCUCAUUUUCUUGAAUUUGAGUUAUUCUACCUUUGAUGGUGAUGACCUUGCUAAACUACUUGUCCACUGUCCAAAUCUUAGGCGCCUCUGGGUCUUGGACACAGUGGAAGACAAGGGGCUGGAAGCUGUUGGAUCGUACUGUCCUUUGCUUGAGGAACUACGUGUUUUUCCUGCAGAUCCCUUUGAUGAAGGCAUUGUCCAUGGCGUUACUGAAGGAGGGUUUAUUGCUGUGUCUAGGGGAUGUCCGAGACUGCAUUAUGUCCUCUACUUUUGCCGUCAAAUGACUAACGCUGCUGUAGCAACUGUUGUUCAAAACUGCCCAGACUUCACACAUUUUCGUCUCUGUAUAAUGAACCCACGUCAGCCAGAUUACCUAACAGAUGAGCCUAUGGAUGAGGCUUUUGGGGCAGUUGUAAAGACUUGCACAAAACUCCAGAGGCUUGCAGUAUCAGGUUUGUUGACUGACCUGACAUUUGAGUACAUAGGGAAGCAUGCCAAAAACUUGGAAACACUUUCAGUGGCAUUUGCUGGAAGCAGUGAUUGGGGUAUGCAAUGUGUGAUGGAAGGCUGUCCAAAGCUGAGAAAGCUGGAGAUAAGGGAUAGUCCUUUUGGCAACGCAGCACUUCUAUCGGGUUUGGAGAAGUAUGAAUCCAUGAGGUCAUUGUGGAUGUCAGACUGCAACGUGACAAUGAAUGGCGCUAGAUUGUUGGCCAAAGAAAUGCCUAGGUUGAAUGUUGAAGUGAUAAAGGAAGAAGGAGUUGAUAAUAGUAAAGCUGAUAAAGUUUAUGUUUAUCGUUCCGUUGCUGGUCCAAGAAGGGAUGCCCCUCCCUUUGUUCUCACCCUCUGAAUGAUACAAGUACGCCUAUGAAGAUCAUGAAGUGCUCGCCUGUGGAAAAUUCUGGCGGCACAGCCCACAUGCAGACACCAGCAUUGAUGAUCAUGCCACAAUGGUAUCUUUAUGACAUGUGAAUGUCCUUCGAUUGCUUACAGACAACAAUGUCAAGUCCUGAGGAUUAGAGAAGAAGGAAUUUGAAGGAGGCUUAUGUGAUGGUGCUUGGUUGUCUCGUUGAGGUCAAUAAUAUCUCUAGGCUGUGCUGCACAGUGAAGACACAUUUUCAACCCUUCUUUUUAAUUACCUGAGACUAAAUUCUUUUCUUGAGCAGUAUUAAGGAUUUUAUGUAUCUAGGAUUGUACUCCGUAAAUGAAGACACUUGGUUGACAGAUUAACAUCUCAAUGCAGAGAACAUCAACUUUUUCCUUCUGGUCAGCUGCAAAAAUCAGAGAGUGAGAGAGAGAAAUAAGGUGAUUGAUUGAUCAGAAGGUGCCAUGGAGAAAAAGUUGAUCUCGUGGGACUUCAUGGUUGAUCAGAAUGUACUCUAAUACUCUAGACAACUUGAAGAGCAUGUCAUGUGAGAAAUAAUUCUUAUUUAUAUUAUAUAUAAAAGAAAUGUUGAAUAAA